AUGUCGGGACUCGAUGUAGAGGCUCUUCUCGAGUCUACGGCUGCCCCUGCAGAGACCUCUGUCACCAAAUCAGAGGAUCGCGACGACCGUUCUCGUGCUGAUCCCUCCGACCGCCGGGAGCGCGACCGUUCCCGUGAUAGACGCCGACGCCGUGACCGCAGCCGCGACCGCCGCCGAGAUAUUGAUGGCGAUGAGGACAUCAAGAGCCCGCACAGCGAACAUGGCAGUGCUAACGGAAGCCACAGAAGCCGGAAGAGGAGCCGGAGCCGGGAGAGUGAUCGACGACGCCCGCGUCGCGAUCGCGACGACUUCCGCUCCAGUGGCGACUUUUACCGUGGUGGAGGACAUGCUCGCACCCGUUCGCGUUCGCCAUACGAUGAUCGUCACUACCGCCCGACGCGAAGAGAGCGCGAGGACGAGAAACGUCAACGCCGUGAUCGCGACGGUGGCCGCCGCCGCAGUCCCAGCCGCCGCAGCCCCAGCAAAUCCCCCGAGCUUAACGAGGAUGAGCGAGACAAACGAACUAUCUUUGUGCAACAGCUUGCCGCGCGACUGAGAACCAAAGAGCUGAUGGCAUUCUUUGAAAGUGUCGGCCCCGUGAAGGAAGCUCAGAUCGUCAAGGAUCGAGUGAGUGGACGAUCGAAAGGUGUUGGUUAUGUCGAAUUCAAAAGCGAAGAGUCCGUGCCUGCGGCGAUUCAGCUUACCGGCCAGAGGCUUCUAGGCAUUCCUAUCAUCGCCCAGCUUACCGAAGCCGAAAAGAACCGUCAAGCUCGCAACCCGGAAGCUAGCUCGGGCCCAUCGCACUCCGCGCCGUUUCACAGGCUCUAUGUGGGUAAUGUUCAUUUCAGCAUCACUGAAAAUGACCUCCAGAAUGUCUUCGAACCGUUCGGCGAGCUCGAGUUCGUCCAAUUGCAGAAGGAUGAGACUGGCCGAAGCAAAGGCUACGCAUUUGUGCAGUUCCGGGAUCCAAACCAAGCUCGGGAGGCUUUGGAAAAGAUGAACGGAUUUGACCUUGCUGGUCGGGCCAUUCGAGUGGGCCUUGGCAACGAUAAGUUCACCCCAGAUUCGAACGCGAAUCGUCAGCAGGGCCCAUCUGCAAACCAACCGAAUUUCCAGGGCUCUUCAUUUUCCGGGCAUGGAGGGCGUGGCGUUCAAGCUGGGGGCUCGAACAACUUUGACCGUGCCGGCGGCGGCCGCGAGAACGAAAAGGGCACCGGUGCCAGUGCCCUCGAUGACACGGAUGUUGCGGGUGUGAACUUCAACAACUACAGUAGGGACGCGUUGAUGAGGAAGCUUGCACGAACAGAUGAACCCGAGCCUUCGGCCGACGAACAGCAGAAGGUGCUCCGACCCAAGACCGAGACCAAGCCGCUGCCUGUCAAUGUGAACAUGGCCAGUCGGUGCGUCAUGCUUCGCAACAUGUUUGAUCCCAACGAAGAGACUGGCGAAGUUUGGAUGAAGGAGCUGGAGGAUGACGUUCGCCAAGAGUGCGAAGAAAAAUAUGGCCAUGUUGUUCACAUCUCGCUAGAUCCGAACUCUCAAGGCGACAUCUACCUGAAGUUCGACCGCGUCCAGGGUGGUGAGAACGCCAUCAAGGGCUUGAACGGUCGUUUCUUCGGUGGCAGGCAGAUCACCGCCCAGCCUGUCGUGGACGCCGUCUAUAGCAGUUUGUUCACGCGUACCAAGGCCAUCUAA